GGCCGGCGCACUGAGCACAUUGAGCUCUGCCACAGACAGGCAGCAGCAGCAGCUCCUGGUACUUGGCAGCGUUCAGCAGCAUCGAGCAGAUGAUGGUGGUGAUGGUGGUGAUGAAGGUAGCCCUGCUGUGUGUGUAUGCAGCACUGGGAUGCAGUGGGGCUCUGGCAGCGGCUGCAGCAGUGACGGGCAGGUCAGACAGAGGAAAUUUUCUGGAUGAUAAACAAUGGCUCACCACUAUAUCCCAGUAUGACAAGGACGCCGGCCACUGGAACCGAUUCCGGGAUGAUGAUUACUUUCGUACAUGGAGCCCUGGCAGACCAUUUGAUCAAGCCCUUGAUCCAGCAAAAGACCCUUGUUUGAAAAUGAAAUGUAAUCGCCAUAAAGUUUGCAUUGCCCGGGAUCAGGAGACUGCGAUAUGUGUCAGUCAGAGACAUCUUACACAUAGCAUGAAAGAAGCUGGAUUAAGCUACAAGUACUGGAGAGGUGUCCCUCUUUCUUCCAGUUGCAAACAGUGUCCAGCAGCUUAUUCCAAUCCUGUAUGUGGAUCUGAUGGCCAUUCAUAUUUAUCUAAGUGUAAAUUAGAAUAUCAGGCCUGUAUCCUGGGUAAACAAAUAUCUGUGAAGUGUGAUGGAUAUUGUCCCUGUUCUUCAAGCAAAUCAAGUCCAGUAACCAAAAAUAAGAAAAGAGUGUGCACUGAUCAGGAGUUCAGAGAAAUUGCUAAUCGACUAAGAGACUGGUUUAAAGCGCUUCAUGAGAGUGGAUUCCAAAAGAAGAAAACCAAAUCAACUUCAAGACCAGAAAGAAGUAGGUUUGAUACUAGCAUUUUGCCAAUCUGCAGGGAUUCUCUUGGGUGGAUGUUUAAUAGACUUGAUCGGAAUUAUGACCUGUUGCUGGAUCAGUCUGAGCUUGGAAGCAUUUAUAUUGACAAGAAUGAGCAGUGUACAAAGGCUUUCUUCAAUACCUGUGACACAUAUAAGGACAGUUUAAUAUCUAACAAUGAGUGGUGCUACUGCUUCCAGCGACAACAAGAUCCUCCAUGUCAGACAGAAUUUAACAGCAUUCAGAAGCAACAAGGAUUAAAGAAGCUUCUUGGCUAUUAUAUCCCAGCGUGUGAUGAAGAUGGCUAUUACAAACCAGCUCAAUGUCAUGGAAGUAUUGGCCAAUGUUGGUGUGUUGAUAGAUAUGGAAAUGAAGUAACAGGAUCCAGAAAAGUGGGAUCUGCAGAGUGUGGCGCAGAUUCAGAAACAUCAGGAGAUUUUGGAAGUGGGGACUUUCAUGACUGGUCUGAUGAUGAGGAUGAUGAAGAAAUGAUGAAUGACGAAGAUGAGAUUGAUGACGAUGAUGAGGAUGAAGGGGGAGAUGAUGACGAUGAAGAAGAUGAGAAUGGAUAUAUUUGACAUGACAUAAAACAAAUUCAUUAUAUUUUUCGCGUCUAAAAGAAAAGACAUUAGGAAAUACCUUUUGCUCAUGCCACCGCCAAGAUAAAAGGAUUUCAAACUAAAAACAAAAUAAACAACAGAAAUCAUGUAUAUUUUGUAUGAUCAUACCAAGUAAGGCUGGAGUUAUAGACUUUUGUUUCAUUUAUGUGCGUUUGAGCUUUUAUAUGCUUUUAGCAAGAAGUCAACAUGUUGGAAGUAUAACCUGAAGAAAAGCAACUCAUACCCAUACAACAUGGUAGUAAAAUAUAGUUUAAGACGUUGGUUGUGACUUGGACAUCUGUGGGUUUUCUAGAUGGAAAAGAAAAUAUUCCAAAUCAAAGUAAGACCUAUGUCUAAGAGUAACUAUGGAAGUAAAACAUUUACAUAUUUGUGUUUACAUCUUCCCUCAGAUUAUGCAGAAAUGUGUUUGUUUAAUCAGCUUUCAGAUUUAUUAUUUUACUUUUCAGCUUUUAUUUUAGAAGCAUUGUAUGGAUUUGGUUAGUCAAUCAGCAUGAGAACACAUAUACUAUAGGUAACUCAGAUAUUCUAAGAGUGUUAGCUGAACCACAUAAUCAGCAUUGCUCUGCCUGAAGGCAACAUAAGAGGAACCAUGAUUUGUGAUGGCUGGGAUUAGGAUGAAAAGACUAAUUAUCUAAAUAACUAAAUAUAUUUGUGCUGUCAUCUGCAAUUAUAAUUACUAAAAAGGUCCACUAUAUAUGUAUUAUUUCUCCUGUGGUUAAGAAAUACAUAUAUGAAUUAAUACAAAUAUUCUUGGACAUCCUAAAUGUUAAAAACAUAAAUUACAUUAUUACAUAAAUUCUGGAAGUAUGUUCUCUUUCAAUAUUAGUUACAAAACCAGUUUAUGGGGUUAGGGUAGGCUUCAGCAACCUGUGGCUCUUUGUCUUCUCAUACAAGCAUACACCCUGAAGUAUAAAAAUGUGUAGCCCAAACCACAGCUAAUGCGAGAGAGAUCUAGCUUUAUAGAACCAACCACGUUUACUAUGUACUUAAAUCCAGUAUAUUUUUAUUAUAGUCAUAUAUGACACGUAUUAUUAAAAUCGGAUGCAAAUAGGAGCACAAAGUUCAAACAUAUAGGUACCAACACAGUUACUAAAGGCAGUUGAGGGGGUCUGUCUACAAUGCUCAGGAACAGUGUGCCUUGCAACUCAUUCCAAAAAUAUAUAUUUUUUCAGUAAGCACAUUCAUCCCAUUAAUUCGUAUUUAAGGUCAAAAGUUUUUUGGGCUGAGGAAUUAGGUAACAUAUAUAGAAUAACUACAAUAUAUUCUUCAAUUUCUCCAAAAUGUAUUAUUUGAUUUUCUGUUAACCAACAAAUAUUACGACAGCAUAUUUGAACUCUUUGCAAUGUUGCUAUUUAAACUUGGAAAACUAGAUUCAAUGGUGAUGAGGGUUGCUAAACCCCAACCCCUCAAAACUUUUACUAAAUACCAUUAGACUCAAAGUACUAUUACUGACCUUUGGGGUUCAUGCACACGUCUGUGAGCAAGGAGUCCGUGUGGCAGCACACAUCUCUUCACAAUGGAUAGUAUUUUCAUCUAGAGUCAAUAGUUCUAGGGAAGAAUAUCUGUAUGAUACUCCAUCCAGUGGAACAUGAGAGGAUUUAAUUCUCCCAGAUUGCUAAGCGUGAGAGACAUCAAUCUAUUAAUGGAGCUGUUAUAUGGCUACGUGCAUAAGGCUUAAAGCUUGCUAAGUUUGCUGGUCAAAACAGGCCAAAGAGGCUGACAAGACAAACAUCGGAAUUGUAUUUGACAUUUAGAUUUCAUCCUCUGUAGUUUAUGGAUAAAAGCAUUAUGUGGGUGCCUUGAACAAUGAAUUUAAAGAGAUUAUUACUAGGCAUGAGCUAAACAAACAUUUUAUCUAUUUACCAUAGAGCUGCUGGGAAUCAGGUGUGUGCCCCUUUUUAUUGUUAUGUAGCUGCCAUGUGAAAUGGAUAAUGCUUAUGAUUACUGUGUACCUUUGCAUUUAAUCCUUAAGAGUAUAAAGCUUACUUUAAUCACUAUAUUUAUGUUGGCAUGUUGUUUCAUUGUGAAGAACUCUAAUAAAACUCCACUACCUUCUUGUAUACAGUCAUAUAUCCAUAAUAACCUGGGAACAACUCUGUGUUUCAGAACAGUUGGGCUGUUACUUUCCAAGUCGAUCCCCUGGAAAUGUUUAUUUUCAUUUUUGCAUUAUUGCAACAAAAAAGAGUAAAUUUGAAUUAAAAAGUAUUCUUGACGGAAUUUAAUGUUUAUCUUAUGUAUAACUGAGAAAAUGCAUUUUCUUUUAUACAGUUUAUGUAUAGUUUGCAAAAUAAAGACUCUUGUAACCAA